GCAACCCGCCAUUAAAUCAAAAAGAAGACGAAGAAGAUCAGCUCCAGAGCACUUGCUGCUGUCAUUCAGUCUUUGUUGCAUUUAGGGACGUUUUUCCUUCAGGAUCCCGUGGAAAGAACGGAUUUUGGUUCUUUUAUUUGGUUUUUAAAACCAUGUUCACGCAAAACCUGCACUAAAUUAUAUGUUCUUCAAGACGUUCCAACGAUAAAUAAAAUGGAUGUAUGGCGACCAUCCGAUUAGUUUAAAAAGUACAAAAUAACCACAUCAAGAGAAGACUCUGCAGCUUUACCUGCUUCAACAAAGGAUCGUUUUGUCAACCCGACUCCGGUUUUACAUUUCAGCUGGAUUUACUAGAGAUUUACAGCGAUCUGGACAGUUUUUAAGAGGCUCUCUUUCAUAAACACAAGGCCGAUUUCUGUUGCUCAGAUCUUGUGAGCCAUCAUGGCCAAAGUGCAGGUGCUAAACGUGUCUGUUCUGGAUAACCCCAGUCCUUUUGGAAACCCGUUUCAAUUCGAAAUCACAUUUGAGUGUAUGGAGGACCUACCUGAAGAUCUGGAGUGGAAGAUCAUCUACGUGGGCUCUGCGGAGAGUGAGGAGUAUGACCAGGUCCUGGACUCGGUUCUGGUCGGCCCAGUUCCUGCAGGCAGGCAUAUGUUUGUGUUUCAGGCGGACGCUCCAAACACAGGGCUGAUCCCCGAGAGUGAUGCAGUGGGCGUGACCGUCGUGCUGAUCACAUGCACCUAUCGGGGACAGGAAUUCAUUCGCAUUGGUUACUAUGUAAACAAUGAGUACACAGACCCUGAGCUGCGGGAAAACCCACCUGUCAAACCCAACUACACACAGCUGCAAAGGAACAUCUUGGCGUCUAACCCUCGAGUGACCCGUUUCCACAUUAACUGGGAGGCUACUAUGGAAAAGAUGGAAGAUUCUGAGAAUGUAGACCCCGCCCCCAAUGCCAUGCUCCCGCCCACCUCCAUGCCUGGCAAAGCCCCGCCCUUUGGACUCAUGCCUGAUAACUCUAUGGACUGCUUAUAGAGCUUGAACACAACAACCACCUCAUACAUGAAGUAAUAAAUGUGUUAUUUUGGAUUUACAUGCCUGCAGUUCUUACAGUUGUGAAUGGACACACACACACACACUCAUCUCAGUCCUCUGGCACUUAUUGCUCUGAUCACACACACCUGAAGCGCUCAGGUAGUCAUGGGACUUUGCAGGCGUCGUCUUGCCCUCCCUGUCCUGAACAGCAGAGGGGCCGUACCUGCAGUACCAGCAGACAUGGACUGUUUUCUUAUGUUUCUUCAUGGUGCACAUCACUAGUGAGGUGAAUCUCAUGAAAACAUGUUUGGCUCACAUUUUUCCAUAACAUUAAAUAAAUUAAAAAAUUAUAUUUUGCAUAAAGACAAAGAAGCAUUUUAGGACCUUUAGUGUUUUUGCAUUUUGUUUAUAAAUGUUUUACCUCAAAUUGUCAUUACUAUAAUAAAAAAAAAUAUAUAUAAAAAUACAAAUAUAUCUGUAAUGCAGAGUUGUUUGUAAUAAUAAUAUAAUAAUAUUUGAUUUAAACCGUAAAGUAUUCAUACUUAAUGGUUGUGUUGAUGAAUUACUGUUGAAAAUCACUAUUGAGAAUAAUAGGAUUUACAAAAAGAAAAUGUGACCCUGUCCCUGACAUGUUUUGUGAGAUUCAUCCUGUGGUACUUUAUGAUCAGAAUCGGAGCAACUUUUCUGGGAAUAUUUUGCUUGGAUAUGAUCGAUGUUUGGAACUCGUCACAAUUCCAGCUCUGUUUCUGUUUUGUUGGGAUGUGAUAUUAUUUAGAAAAUUAUUUGGUUGGUUCUUUUGUUGCCUUGUUUUUCCACAUGGUAUUUGUUUAUGAAGAGUCUUAGAUUUAAUAAAUAUUAACUUUUGUCUUUAUAAAA